GCCCUGUCAGCUGAUCGUAGCUCGUAUGACAGAUGGCCGCGUUCGAGAGUGAUUUUAACUCGUGUUUACGAUAAUUUAAAUUUAUAACGAUAGCAUUAUACGAAGAUAUUACGAAAUGGAACCGCAGGAUAUUUAUUACAACAAGGCAGAAUACGUCGAAACGGCCUCGGGAAACAAGGUGAGCAGACUGACAGUCCUGUGCGGUUCACAGAACAUUGUACUACACGGCAAAGUGAUAGUGCAAUCGGAUGCUAUCAUCAGAGGCGACCUAGCGAACGUCAGAACGGGUCGCUAUUGUAUCAUCAGCAAGAACGCAGUCAUCCGGCCACCCUUCAAGAAGUUCAGCAGGGGGGUCGCUUUCUUCCCUCUUUCGAUGGGCAAUCACGUGUUCGUGGGAGAACGGGCGGUGGUGAAUGCAGCGCUGGUCGGCUGUUACGUGUACAUUGGGAGGAACGCCAUAAUCGGCAGACGGUCUGUCCUCAAAGACUGCUGCUACAUCGAGGACGGCGCUGUCGUACCACCGGAGACUAUCGUACCGUCUUUCACUCGUUUCGCCGGCAGUCCGGCGACUUGCGUCGAGGAGCUGCCCGAGUGCACGGUGGAUCUCAUGACGGACUUCACAAAGAACUAUUACGAGCACUUCUUACCGGCGCGCGUCUAACGCACAUACUGAUACUUAGCUUUAGGUCGUCUUAACAUUUCUACGCGUUUGUGCGUAUACGCAGUAUUACACCGGUUGAGAAAAUUCCGAGGAGAUGUUUCUUUAUUGCAUUUAUUUCACCGCAAUAAAUUUCGUUACACAUUGAAAACG